UCUACUCAACUUCUGUAAUUUGUGUUUUUUUCUUCGGAGCGAUGGAAGUGCAAAUCGGUGUGAAUUAAAUUGUUCGCUGUAAUGUGAUAAAAACCAAACGGUUGCGAGUGCUCGUAAUAAACGCGCAAAUGUACGGCGGACAGAGUCCUCAGACUGAGAGACCUUGAAACGAAAUUGGAGACCAAAACAAAAGUGACGUCAUAAUGGUGCUAUUUAUGUAUUUGUAUAUCGCCCGCAGAAGUUAACUGGUAAACAUGACUCAGUAAAUUAGUGACACCCAGCAAAACGACGAUCGAAAAGGUCUAAUUUUUUAAACAAACCCCAACACCCCGAAAAAAUCCCAAUUAAAGAACCCCACGAUCCGCACCCGCUAAAAUGGCCAGCGUCUGGAAGCGAUUGCAGCGCAAUUUCAAGCGCGCCGCCAAGUUCCAGUUCACCGCCUCGUACCACGAUCUGCAUCUGGAAACCACCGCCAAGUGGCGGCCCUCGAACCUCUCUAUCGUUUGGACCAGGAGAUCUAGACGAGUGGCCAGUGCUCCUUUGCCAUGGGAGCCGGACAUGAUGAAUCCCCUGGUGGGGAAUAUUUCCUGGCCAGUGCCCGACAAUCACACCAUAUCGGUCACCCUGUUCAAGGAUCCCCGGACGCACGAGCUGGAGGACAAGGACUGGACGUUCGUCAUCGAAGAUGUUACCCCAAUGGGCAAGAAACGUGUCCUGGCCAAUGCCAGCAUCAAUAUGAGGAAGUAUGCCAGCGUAGAAUCCACUCAGCAGAGCUUUACAUUGACCCUAAAGCCAGUCUCGAAGAAGAUCACUGCAGCUAGUUUGGAACUCACGAUUAGCUGUGUAUUUCUACGAGAAGGAAAGGCCACAGACGAGGACAUGCAGAGUGUUGUCUCCAUGAUGUCCGUAAACAACAAUGAUGUGGCCCCUUUGGACGACUUGGAGGACAUUCCCGAUCUUGACAAUUUCAGUGAGAUUACUGACAACUUUAAUGACUUUACCCAGCAACUGGAGCAUAUGACAACUAGCCUAAAUGGCUGCAUUGAUGUGGCCACCCCUCAAAGUGUACCUUCGUUGUCUGAAGAUCCAACACCGUUGGCCGAGUCAUUUAAUCAAUUGCAUUUUGAACUAGACGCCGACGGCAAACGGGAAGCUGCUGCGAACAAGUUAGACUUGCCCACAGCUGCAUCCGGUGGUUCUAGUGCUGCCGACGAGUCCCUCAAAACCCCCAAUGGACUGCAGCCUCUGGUGGACAGUACGCCCAUCAAGUCACCAGUUGAAGUUAAGCAGCCGAAGCAGACACCUGCGAAAGCUAUCGAGACCUUCGACAAAAUGGUCACCUCGACGCCUCUCGAACCCAAAAUCAACAAAGAUGAUGUGAAGCCAAAGAAGAAGAGGGCUCUAUUCUUCUCGGAGAAGGAGGAUGAGAAGGAUUUAGGGGUGGAAAGUGUUAAGGAAGAUAUCGGCGACAACAGCACCAAAAAGGAAACGCCCAAAGAAGAUAGCAAGGAUGCGUCAUCUGUGGUGGUGCCUCCGAGUACUAAGCGCUCCGAGCUGCCGCCCCUGAACUUGAAGAAGAGCUACGAACCCUCGCCGACACCUGCACCCGCACCCGCAUCUGUGAUAAACGAAUCCCAGGGAUCACUGUCGGGUACCUUUAGUACCUCUGGCUCGUUGAACAACAGCCUGAAGCCCGUGGAGAAGAUCGUGCUGAAGGAGAACACUCCCGGGCAGGAUCUGCUGGAGUGGUGCAAAGAAGUAACCAAAGACUACCCCAAUGUUAAGGUCACCAACCUGACGACCAGCUGGCGCAACGGCAUGGCCUUCUGCGCUAUUAUUCAUCAUUUUGCCCCCGAGCUUAUCGACAUGUCCAAGCUGAGUGCCCACGAUGUGGUUGGCAAUUGUCGGAUUGCCUUUGAUGCGGCGGAAUCUUUAGGAAUACCACGCGUAAUCGAGCCGCGGGAGAUGAAUAUGCUGACAGUUCCGGACAAGUUGGGCGUAAUGACCUAUUUGCAUCAGUUGAGGGCGCAUUUCACUGGCAAGCAGCUGAAAAUUGAGCAAAUUGGCUCCACGGCAGACGAAUCGAGCUAUGUGAUUGGAGACUACAUGUCGGACAAUUUGUCGCAGAGUCGCAUUAUAUUUUCGCAUCCGAAGUCUUUGCUGCUGCAUCAGAACUCCAUCGACGAGGAGAUGUUUGGGCAGAAUAAAUCAGAGCAACUCUCGCCGACUAGCAAAAAGGAUGUGAAGAAUCUGAUUCUGAACAACUCGAAGAACAUACUGGACAAGGUGUUGUCGCCCACCAAGGAUAAGAACUCGAUCAACGCAUCGCAGCAUGCCAAUCAGUCGUCGGUCCUCAGCAGCCAGACGCCGCCGCCGCCGCUGGAGGAAUCAUUGGACGAGGGGCCAACGGCGGGUGGCAAGGAGAACGUCUCCAAGACCGUCAUAGACCCCCAGGCCGCCAGUGAGGAUCGACAGCAGCGGCUGCGGGAACAGGCUCGUCGCCUCAUCUUGGAGACGCGCGGAAAGAGCGGCGGCUCCAUUGAGAGUCCCACCAGCCCCACCAGGCCCAGGUUGGAGCGCACCAUCUCGCCGAUCCACAACGGAGCCGAGGAGUUCUAUAACUCGGAGCAAUCAAAGAAGCUGGACGCCAAGGAGCCGGGCAGUCCUAGUCAUAGGUUAAGUGAUCUGAAGGGCCUGGGACUCAAUGGCAGUCCCCUGCAGUCCUUCAAUGCGAUUGUGGACCGCGUUUCACCAAAGCACGAGAAGAGGGGUGACAAGCUGUCCUACAUCGAGUCCGAGCUGGAGGCCCUCGAGCGGGAGCAGGAGGCCAUCGACCAGAAGGCCAGCAGUCUGGAGGCCAAGCUGCGCGCCGUGAUGGGCGGCAAUCCAAGUAAUAACCGAAGGGGGGGCGCCAGAAAUGGCAACCCCUUCCUUAGGCUAAUCCGAAAUAGUAUUGGUGGUGGUGAUGUGAUACGCAUUAAGCUGCUCGACUCGGAUGACGAGAGUCUGUUUGGUGGAGGUGCUGGUAGCGGUGGCGGUGGUAGCGGGGCGUGCAGCGAGGACGACGACCAAGGGGACACGUCCAGCGAUAGUGUCUGCAACUCCGGCGACGAGCUGCACACGCGACUGCGCCCCCGGCCGCGCUCCCAGUCGUGUUUUGUGAACAAUGUGAACAAGGCCCAUCCAUCGCCCAUGACCACGCCCGCUCAUCUGCGUCCGCAUCAUGUCCAUCAUGUUGUGCCCUACACCCACAUGCUAGACAGCUCCCCGUCGGCGCUCUCCUCGCAGCAGUCCUCGUGCGAUAAUUUGCCCGCGUGCAGCGACGACGACGAGGUCCUGGCGCUGGCGGCCACCGGUCGUGCGGCUUCUCUGCGGCGGCAGCAGGAUCGCCACAGGCGACGCCGUCAGCGGCGGGAGCGGCGCUCCCAUUUAUGUCACAAUCACAGUCCCAGUCAUUGUGAGACCGAGGAAACGGAGGAGCAACUGCUAUCGCAAUGGUUUACGCUGGUCAACAAGAAGAACGCCCUCCUCCGGCGACAAAUGCAGCUGAACAUACUCGAACAAGAAAAAGAUUUGGAACGAAAGUAUACAAUGCUGAAUCAGGAGCUGCGAGCGGCGCAAUCUGUGGAGGAUUGGCGCAAGACGGAAGUGCAGCGGGAGAAGGAGCGACUGCUGCUCGAGGAGCUGAUGAAGAUUGUCGACAAGCGUGACCAGUUGGUUCAGCAUCUGCACAACCAAGAGAUAGCGAUCGAAGACGACCAGGAGAUCGCGAGAAAGCUGGAGCACGUGGACAUCAGCGAAAAAGACAAAUGUGUUCUUCAAUAGAAAUCGAAAUUAACCAAACCUGACUGGAGAUUAUACUUACACACACUCAAUCUUAUCUAUGUAACUAGUUAGAUAACAACUAUGUUCAGUGACACGCGAUAAGGUCACGUGGUUUUUGUGGUUCGGUGUCGCUUCUUAUGCAAUCGUUAUAUCCAACGACAACAAAUACUUGGACCACUUGGUAUGGUUAUUAAACACAAAGGUAUACUGUGAAACAAACAAAUUGCUUUUCUAUUCAAGCAAAGAAAUUCAAAGAAAAUGAACAAAACGUCCGUUAGCAAACUAAGUAAUAAAAAUCGAGAUCAGACACUUCGAAAGGGACAUUUAUACACCUAUUUAUGAUAAUCAGAUAUUGGAAAUACUGCAAAUUUUAUUCUGUUGACUUCGAUUAAUGUUUUGUUGUUGUGCCAUCUGAACCACACCUUAGAGUAAAUCCUGAACGCAAAGAAGAUGUGAAAUAAGGAAUUGAGGAGGCAAUUUUACGUUAGUUUAUACUUUAGCAUUUAUCCCACAUAAACUAGAAACGCUUCAUCCAAAAAUACAUGUACACUUAUAUAUUUAUGAAUUACCUUUAUGCGAACACCUAUCUUACCAUACUUAAUUUAGACCCCUACUUUUGCUCUAAGUUAAGCAAAGCGCUUUAAUCAUAAUUUAAAGGUGGCUUAUAUACUUAUACAAUAAAUAUUUUAAUUUACUUUGCCCAGGCGAAUGUAAAAAGAACUGUUCGACCCAAGGAACAUAGCUAAUAAAGAAUAGAAUGUGCUGAAUCGUCAGCAUUGAAUAAACCCAAAAACAAGUAAACAAACUGA